GGCCCUAUAAAUACCCGCUCAUUUCGCGAUAUUAUCCUAGCAAGCGCACGUAUCUUUCGCUGUUUGGUCCGUACAAGAAACAGAUAUUUCCUCCUUCGUUCAAAGGACUGCAGAGGUUGUGGUUUGAAAAGGAUGGCUCUGGUUUCAGGAGGAAGGUCAACGUUGAACCCAGAUGCGCCUCUUUUUGUUCCUGCUGCUUAUCGGCAAGUUGAGGAUUUCUCUCCUGAGUGGUGGCAAUUGGUGAAAACGACAACAUGGUUCCGGGAUUACUGGCUAAGUCAGCAUCAAGAUGAGAACGGUUUCUAUGACAACGCUGAGGAUGAGUUUGGGCUUGAUGGGAAUAAUGUAGCUGAUCUGUUGCCGGAUACAUUUGAUCUUGAUGCUGGCGAUUAUUUUUCUAGUCUGGAAUCUCAAUUUGCAGGUUUCGCUGCGGACGGCUCUUCUCCUUUACCUUCCAAUGGAAUGCUUGCAAAUGGGUUUGUGUUGGAAGCAGAGGCACCGAAGAAGGAAACAGGUCUGAAAUCCAGUGCUUGAUGACUUCAAGUUGGAGCUACCCCCAAUCAGAGUAGAUCAAUGUAGUUCUAGGUUUUGCAGGUCUCUGUAGAGCAAGGUUGGAACUCUCUCACUACUCCUUGUUCAUUCUCUUUAUCUUUCUUUUAGUUUAAACCAAGUAACUGUUCAGAGAUGUAACAAAAGAAAAUGUAAAAUUUAGUCAUAAAUGCAAAAAAGAAAAAAAAAAAAAAGAUGAUAUCUUUUGCUUCA